AUGCCUUGCCUAAAAGAAAAACGUAAGCCAAUGGUGCCAUUAAAAACUUUAGAUAUAAUAUUUAGAAGGCGUUAUGUACCAAAUACUCAACACUAUUUUGCUAAUAGAAAACAUACUAUAAAACAACAUUCGAUGGCAAAAAAGCCAUCUCAACCUUUUCGUAUACCAAAGUCUGAAAUGUUGCUUUCUUAUAUAAAAUACAGUGAUCGUAGAGAAAAAUUUAUAUCUAGAAAUAGAUUAUCACAACCAUUACAUUUAAAAGAUAAUAUUAAAAUUGCCGCUACGAGGGAUAUAUCCAAAAGGCUUUUCAUUGAAGAAAUGGUUGAUGAUGUAAGAGCCGUUGUAGAAAUUCACCCUGAGUUCUAUACAGUUAUUGAAGGUCGACCCUUGCGAUGCUUUGAUGAUAUAAAAGUUUAUGUUAAUAAUAUUCGAAGCUAUGCCAUGAAUCGUCAACAAAUCGGCUACAGACGAGACCUCAUAUUAAAAAUAGAUCAGAGUAUGGCCGAAGAGACUAGAGAGCAUGACAAAAUAUCAUCUAAUUUAAAAAAACAUAUAAAAGAUUUUCAGAAGUUCCUUACAGAGGAUUAUAAAAGAUCAUCGGCUAAGGUAUCUAAAGCAGAAAAAGUUUAUGCAGAGCUAUUGUUAAAAAAAUCAGAGUUCUUAGGAUAUGUAUCAAAAAUAACAAUUUUAAAUAAUAUUUUGUUUAAGCUCGACGCUAUACGAAGUAUUUUGAAAAUUUAUAGGAGUUAUUUAAUAUUUGUUGCACCACUUUCAUGGCGACAAUUACACGAUGAAAAUUUAAGACAUAAAAUUCAAUCGAUUCAAUUUGAAUCUAGGGAAUUUAAUACGGACAAUGAUUUAGUCGAAACUUUAGAUAUUGACAGAAUGAUAGAGCUUGCAAAACGAGAAUUUCUGAAUCCAUACCCCCCACAUAUGUACUUUAGGCGUCCGCAACAAAUGAUGUAUUUAUUUCGUACUAUGGAAUUGCAGAGUAGAGAAUAUUUAUUACAACUUUCUAAAACAGAUAUUCCCUAUAGACAGUUACGAGAACGCAUAAAACAAUUGAAGCACCUUACAAAAAAGGAGUUAGACUAUUUCCAAUACUAUAUUGAAUCCAUCAAUAACGAAAUCGCUAGAGAAAUGUAUAACGAAAAUCAUCUUAAAGACAAAUUUUUUCGCAUACUCAAUACAAUGUUUUAUGACAGUGUAGCUAGCCCUAGUACACUAAAAUUAAAAAUUUGUAUAGAGUACGUGUACGAACAAAUAUUCGGGAAAUGUGAGGAAGGUCAUCAGAAUUUGCAGGAUCCUAUGAAAAUUUUAGAAGUCAUGUACGAAGAUUAUAAUUUACGCCUCGACUCUUUAGACUUCAAUAUAGUAAAUCAAGCUCGAAGUGAUUUCUUCGCACAAGAUUUAAAGACAAUGAAAAAUGCUUAUAAAGCUCAACGUGAAUUACGAACUUUUAGAGAGAUGACAACGGCAAUAAAUAAAGCCUUUUUACCACCAGCAAAAUAUAAAAGGCCUGUUCUUGCUAAAUUUAUGGAUAAAAAAUGCCGAAUGACAUUGGUUCUUGCUGAAAGGAAAAAAUCCCUGUUAGCGAGUGGAGAACGUAUCAAGCCAAAGAAAUUUAAAAUAAGUCCAGAAGAAAAAGAUGGGUUACUAUUAUUUACAGAAUGGUGUGACGGAAUGAAUCCGUCGCCGUAUUUAGCUGAAUAUUAUAAAUUUGCUGCUUUU